AUGGCGUUCGACAUUGCCGGCGGACGAGGCAAUUCCAUGUACAUUUUGGGUGGAUUUGGCCUCUUCCUCGUCUGGUCCACCCUCUCUCUCCGCAUCUAUGUGCGGGCUCACAUGCUCCGAUCCUGGGGAUGGGAUGAUUGGAUGAUGACUUGGGCUGUCAUAUGCUUCACUAUCAUGGCUGCUGGCAUGUUCUGUCUCGCGGCGAACUCAUUUGGCAGCCCGGCAUACACCCUCUCUGUCGACACCUUAGUCAAACUUUACAAAUCUGUCAUCUUCGCAGAGGAAGGCUAUGUGACUACCUCCAUGUUCUUCCGCCUUUCCGUCUGCUGCUUCUACCUCCGUCUCACGCCCGUCAUGUGGCACAUCUGGACCAUCAAGAUCUUGAUGGUCGUGAACACGACGUAUUCCAUUGCCUACUUCUUCGUCCUCCUCAACCAAUGUACUCCAAUCUCUUUUUUCUGGACCCAUUUCACCGGCGACACGGACGGCACCUGUCUCCGCGACAGCAUCAUUAUCGGCACAACCUUUGUCCAUACCCUCAUUUCCAUCAUCGCCGACUGGACGCUAAACAGCAUCCCUCUCUUCAUCAUCAUCCCCAACGUCACAAUGAACCGGCGCACUAAAAUCAGCGCUCUCGCCCUUCUCGGCCUAGGAGCAGUUGCCAGCAGCGGCAUCAUCGUCCGCCUCAUCGCUCUCUUCACCAUCAGGCCGUCCAACAGCGCCGUGCCCCUCUCUCCGCCGGUCGCGUUCUGGUCCGCGCUCGAAGCCACGAUCGGGAUGACGGCCGCCAACCUCGCCACAUACCGGCCCUUCCUGCGCUCGCUCGCCAAAUCCAUCCGCAGCGGGCCCGACAGCGAUCUCCCAGACCAGCAGCAGCCGCGCUCCAUCAUAAACCUCAGCAAAAUCCGGUGGCCGCUGAGCAGAGCCUCGCGCAGCCGGCGGCAGCACCGAGCCGGCUACGUCCUGAGCGGCGGGAACGACGACGAGCUGGAUGCCCAGGAGCUGGAUGGGAUCGAGGAGUGGGAGCGGGGGCUGGGAGUGCGUCGGGGCAAGGAGGGCGGCAUCGCCAUCGUGGAUCUGGAUGACGACAAGUCCCCGCCGGAGGAGAUUGUGAGGGUGGGGAGUGAGGACCGCUUGCGGCAGGACUCUGGUUCGCAAGGCGUGUGA